UGUUCAGAACACAGUAUUACGUGGGCCAUGAAACUCUUCACUAUUCUAAUUUUGCAAUUUCUCACUAUUUUCCUUGUAUUCCAAUUUAAUGUGGAGGCAAGUGAAAAUAAACGUAAAUGGUUGGAAAUUGAUAACGAACUGUAUCGUGUUGAACCGGAGGCCAAGUACACUUGGGAACAGGCCGCGGCCGAAUGUAAAAAGGAACAUUCAAAUUUGAUUAGUCCCCGUGGUGGUGACUACGACUAUGUUAAACUGAAAGAGGCCAUUAAAAAGAAUUUUAAACAUUAUGCUCCUUUUUGGACCAAUACUAAACAAAAAUGGACCAAUGUUUUGCAUCAAAUCGGUUUGGGAAAAUAUAAUGGACAAAGAUGUAAUAAAUUUGAUAAUUCCACAAAUUUUAAAUAUUUACCCGAUAAUUGUGAUCAGCAGCAUGGUUUUAUUUGCGAGAAAUCUUUACUUAAAGGAAAUUCUUCGUUUAAUAGUAACAACAUCGUGUAUUUUGUACAACCCGAAGAAAAAUUCACUUGUGAAAAAGCCUAUGAUGAGUGUGAUAAACGUCAAAUGUCUUUGGUGGUUAUAACAGAUUAUGCUAAAAAUCGUGUUCUUAAGGAUUAUUUAUUUAUUAAUUAUGGUUCUGCACCCAGUUAUUGGUUUGGCUUUAAUAACGAGACCCAUUACAGUUGUGCUACUCCCCGAAAAAAUAAUCCCAUUAAAUACGAUUCCGAAUUGGGUUUUAUCUGUCAGCGUAGUUAUGUAAAGGCUCAGAAUGAUUCGAAUUUCUAUUUAAUUAUAUUAUUAUCAGCAGCGGCCAUUGUCGCCAUUAUUAUUUAUGCAUUUACCCGAUGUUUGUGCUAUAGAAAAGUCCAAAAAUUUUUUGUACCAGAAGUAUAUUAUCCAGAAGAAAUUUAUAUCAAAUAAUUAUAAAAAAAUUUUAAAUAUUUUAAUAAAUUUAAUAUGAUUAUUUUAAA